GACAUUUAAGCAUCCAUUUGCGGAAAUGACUGUAAUGUCCCUCACUGAAAGGGGAUAGAUAAGAAGAAGAUUAUGUUGGGAAAGGGGAGAGAGACUGACACACAAUCCGCCAUGCUUGUUCAUAUUUGAAGAACCCCACUUCAAAAUUUUGAGGAAUAAUGGAAGUUAGUAGCAGCCAAAACAGCAGCAGCAGCGUGUUGUGGUUCUUCAAGGACAAAGGUUUUGAUGACAACAACAUUAACGACAUGUUCAAAAGGUGCAAGCGUCUUGAAGGGUUGGAAAGUGAUAAAGCAUCCCAAAACUGGUCUUAUUUGCAAAGCAUUGGUAUCCAAGAAAGAAAGCUUCCAUCAGUAGUUCUCAAAUGCCCGAAAAUCCUGACAUUCAGCGUGGACGACACACUUGAACCCAUGGUUCAUUGCCUUAAAACACUUGCUACAAAACCAGAAGAAGUUGCAACAGCUAUAAUCAAAUUUCCUUACAUUUUUUCUCACAGUGCACAAGGAAAGCUCUGUCCUUUACUGGGUUUCUUUGAGGCACUCGGGAUUCCUGAAAAGCAACUUGGUAAAAUGGUGUUACAGAACCCGAGAAUUGUAAGCUACAGCAUAGAACCAAAGCUUACUCAGUUUGUGGAUUUCCUUACCAAGUUUGGUCUUAGUGAGGAAGGGAUGAUUUGUAAAAUUUUGGUGAAGAACCCGUAUAUCAUGGGUUACAACGUCGAAAAGAGGUUACAGCCUACAGCAGAAUUCUUGAAAAACGUUGGUUUGACGAAGUCAGAUCUUCAGAAAGUGGCUGUAAACUACCCCGAGGUUCUGUGUCGAGAUGUUAACAAAGUUCUUAAACCGAAUUUUGAGUAUUUAAGGAGUUCUGGGUUCGGUGACAACCAGAUAGCAGCUUUGGUAUCUGGUUAUCCCCCUGUAUUGAUUAAAAGCAUCAAGAACUCUUUGGAACCAAAGCUGAAGUUUCUGGUCCAAGUAAUGGGGAAAAGCCUUCAAGAUGUUGUAGAUUAUCCUGAUUUCUUUAAGCAUGGUUUGAAGAAAAGCUUGGAGUUGAGGCAAAGGUUAUUGUCUCAGAACAACAUAGAUUGUAGCUUGAAUGAGAUGCUGUACUACAAUCGAAAGAAGUUCUGUUUGAAAUACGGUUCAACAACCUAGGAAUUCUGCAAGCUUUUCUUUGAUUUUCCGAGUUCCUUUUCUGAUGUUUUAAGCUAGUUUUAAAGCAAGGGCGAGCGGCACAUAGGACAUGUAACAUCAAUGCCACACUUGAGAAUCCACUCAACAAUGCAAUCCACAUGAUAAACAUGGGAGCACGAAAACUUGACCUUCACCAACUCACCAUCAUCGUCAUCCUCAUCGUCAUCCUCAUCCUCAUCCUCAUCCUCAUCCUCAUCCUCAUGGCAUAUGGUGCAACACCAUGAGUCGCAGGCCUUAACAGCACGACGAUUCCCUGCAGUUAUUAUAGUGCAAUUAUCAAUGUCAGCCAACAAACGCUUAACAAACUGACUAGGGUUGUUUCUCAUCUUCUGAUCCUCUUUCCUCUCUUGAAAAAUAUAGAAAGCCCUAGCCUCCCUUACACAUACAUGGCUUCUGUUGUCGUUGUUGUUGUUGUUGUUGUUGUUGUUGUUGUUGUUGCCGCUCUUCUGGAGAAGGCAAAGAAAAGACGAGGCAAGGUCAGAAAUGACAUCAAUAACCCUAGGCUCCCUGACAGAGUUGUUCUGCUGAACCAGGCGAAGAAGAGACGAGGCGAGGUCGUCAAUAAUGUCAGCCUGGUAAGAGUGAUGUACGGAAAGACCAUUGAGCCCUCGCGUAACGGGGUCUCGUAUAAUGUCUAAGAGAUAGUUGUGUUGAAGGAGUUGAGGGUGUCUUGGAUAGGUCAUACUAAAAGAGACGGCUCGGUCUACGGGUGAAUCAGAGUUGCAAUGCUUCAUGUACAGACUCAUUCUAUGUUCAUCACUGUUAUCAAUAUCUUCUACUGCUGUUGUAACGGUUAAGUAAGCCCAUGUCCAAUGUGCUUCCAUGGUAAUAUGGUGUCAAAUUUUCAAAAGAGGAAGAAUUGGAAGAGAUUAUGUACCAAAAAACUUACCUAAGAGUCCUCAACCUCAGGCAAAACUAAUCCUUCGUAUAACAGGUCAAAAUAAUCGUUAGAAGUUGGCUUAUAUAAUAGAGAUUAAACCAAUAAUUAUAUAAGAAGCAUAAUCCUAGUCAAAUUUUUAUUUGGGUCAUUCUUUUUCUUAUCGUAUAAACACAAAUUCUCACAACAAAAAAAUAGCCACAUCGAGAUCCACCACUUAAAAGAAAAACCGGCCCAUGAGCCUAGGCAAGCUCAAUUGAGAAUAAAAAUUAAAUUGUUUUUUUUUAAAAAAAAGAACAAGCCUAAAAAUAAUAUUAAAAA